AUGUGCGUUGACUACACCGAUCUUAAUCGUGCUUGUCCAAAGGACUGCUACCCCCUCCCACGGAUCGACCAGUUGGUCGAUGCAACGGCCGGUCACGCCCACCUUUCGUUCAUGGACGCCUUCUCCGGCUACAACCAGAUCAGGAUGGCACCCAAGGAUCAGCAGCACACCGCCUUCCUCACCGACCAAGGGGUGUACUUCUACAAGGUUAUGCCAUUCUGGCUGAAGAACGCCGGGGCUACAUAUCAAAGGACCAUGAACAGAAUGUUUGCUCAUCAGAUAGGGAGAAACAUGAAGGUCUAUGUCGACGAUAUGAUUGUGAAAAGUCGCACGACAACGACUCACUUGUCCGACUUGGCCGAGACCUUCGACACAAUACGAAGGUACAACAUGCGACUCAACCCUGCCAAGUGCGCUUUCGGUGUCAACUCGGGCAAAUUCCUCGGGUUCAUCAUACAUGAAAGGGGAAUCGAUGUGAACCCCGAAAAGGUACGGGCAAUUAUCGACAUGCAGGCCCCUCGGACAAUCAAGGAAGUGCAGCGCCUGAACGGGAGGCUCGCCGCCAUGUCAAGGACCCCAAGAACUUCGCAUGGACGGCGGAGUGCGAGGAGGCUUUUCGCCCAUGUGAAGGAGCAUCUGGCGUCACUCCCUCGCCUCGCUUCGGUGUCCCCUCGGGAAAGGCUGGGUGUCUACCUGGCCGCCUCUCGACAUGUAGUAAGUUUUGUAUCGAUCAAGGAGGUUUCUGGAGAGCAGCUGCCGGUUUACUACGUUAGCCAUGUUCUUAACGGACCUGAGGAGCGAUACCCUCCGAUCGAGAAACUGGUGCUGGCGCUCGUAUUGACUGCCCGGAAGCUGCGCCCCUACUUCCAAGCUCAUCCGAUCGAGGUAAUUACUGACCAACCGCUUCGGCAGAUUUUGUCUAAGUUUGACCUUGCAGGUCGCCUCCUCAAGUGGUCAGUAGAGCUCGGUGAAUUCGACAUCCAAUACGUCCCGAGGACCGCCAUCAAAGCGCAAGCGGUGGCCGACUUCAUCUCAAAACUAACUCAGCCCGAGGACAAGGAUCCGAAAUGCGUGAAGGUGGAAUGGCUCCUCUGCGUGGACGGAUCAUCCAGCCGAAAAGGCGUGGGGGCCGGGUUGGUCCUAGAAGCCCCCGAUGGGCGCUCGUUCGAGCGCUCCCUUCGCUUCGGAUUCAAGGCCACCAACAAUGAGGCGAAGUAUGAGGCACUGCUGGCGGGGCUCAGACUAGCCGUCGAAAUGCAAGUGGGCGACAUACGCGUCCUCACUGACUCACAACUGGUAGCCGAACAGCUCAUCGACGGGUAUGAGGCCCGAGACCCAACCAUGUCGAAGUAUCUGGCAGAGGUAAAAGCUCUCGCCACCCAUUUUUCUCGCUUUACAUUAUCCAGGGUGCCGAGACUCCAAAAUGAGCGAGCGGAUAUGCUAGCAAAACAAGCCUCGAGGUCGGGUCCCGGGGGCAAGCCCGACGUGGAGGAACUCCCCACCCACGCCAUCACGGUCGCGGCGGUGGCCACCGCUGGCCCACCAACGACAUGGGUGCAAGAGAUGUUACAAUUCAAACGUCACGGGACGCUUCCCGAAGAUGAAGUCGCGGCUCAGUGCCUACGCCGAACCCAAGCCUGGUACUGUGAAAUCAGCGGACGGUUGUACAGGAGGUCGUAUUCACUCCCCCUCCUGCGUUGCCCGGAGCCUGAAGAGGCUCAGUUAGUUCUUGCUGAGGUCCAUGACGGGAUUUGCGGUGAGCACAUAGGUGGGCGCACCCUGGCGUUCAAGGCGCUCCGUCAAGGAGUCAUCAUCACUGACAAUGGGACGCAGUUCGCCAGUGCUCGGUUCAAAGAGUUUUGCGCGACCUAUGGCAUACAGCUGAGGUUCAGCUCGGUCGCGCAUCCCCAAACGAACGGGCUGGCCGAGGUGACCAACCGAGCCAUCCUGGGCGGACUCCGGAGAAGGACGCUCGUGGCCCGAUCCGCUUGGGUCGACGAACUCCCGAGCGUCCUAUGGUCCUUGCGGACCACGCCUAAAACCGCAACUGGGGAAUCCCCCUACAACCUAGCGUUCGGUAACGAGGCCGUCCUGCCCGCCGAGGUGGAGAUUACCACCCCACGAACGGAAUCUUAUGAUGAAGGGACAUCGGCCGACAGACUCCGAGCCGGAUUAGAUUUGCUCGAGGAGAGGCGAGCCGACGCACACCUGAAGGCCCUCUCAUACAAAAGAGUCAUCGCCAGGAUUUACAAUAGAAGGGUGCGCCCCCGACCUAUCAGGUUGGGCGAUCUGGUGCUGCGCAGGGCCGAGGUAAGUAACCCGACCCGAGCGCACGGUAAACUCACUCCCAAAUGGGAAGGACCUUAUCGGGUCGUUGAGAUCGUCCGACCGGGCACGUACCGACUCGUGACAUUGGCUGGCUGUUCUUUGCCAAGGACAUGGAACGCCCAAAACAUUAAGAAGUUUUUCGUAUGA